AUGGUCAUGCAAAUACAUAAAUAUCUGAUCAUCUGUUGUGUUGUGUUUGUUGUGAUUCACAGGACAGAAUGCAAACUAUUCAGAAAAUCUACCGAAGAUAAAGAUGACAGAAAAUUGACGACGAGCGACAAAGGAGACAAACAGAAGUCCAACAUCAAACACAUUAAUUAUGAUAAUGGUGACCAUUACGAAGAAAGUAUGUUGGUCAGUUUAAAAACAAUAAAUUCGAUGGAGAUGGCAAGCUUAUUUGGAAAAAUGGGGAUAUGUGGUGAUAUGUACAUUGGCUUUUUUGUCGAUGGCAAAUUCGACGGAUAUGGUUUAUACAAAUAUGCAAAUGACAAACUGGCGUGUGACAACUACAUUCCUAUCUCCUAUCAACUCCUCGAUUUCGAACGGUCAUGCAAAUACAUAAAUAUCUGUUGUGUUAUAUUUAUCCUAUUUGGACAUGUCAAUUGUAUGAAAUUCAAGAAAAUUCUUAAACAUAAAGGAGACGGUAGCGAAGACAAUGAACACUCCAAAUUUCGACGCGUGGAUUAUCCAAAUGGCGAUCAUUAUGAAGGUUAUUUCAGAAAUAACGAAAAGAAUGGAAAUGGUACAUUGAUUUUGGAUAAUGGUACGAAAUACGUUGGACAGUUCAAAGAUGGAUAUUUCCACGGAAAAGGUACAAUGCUGUGGACAAGUGGUGAACGAUACGAAGGAAUAUUUAAAAAAGGUGAAAAAACUAAAGAUGGUGUCUACUAUUUUCCCGAUGGUACGAAAUACGUCGGCACAUUCAAAGGUGAUCUGUUCAAUGGAGAAGGUGUAAUGACGUGGAAAAAUGGUGAUCGAUAUGAAGGUACUUUUGUCAACGGUCAAAGAGCUGGAAGUGCCAUUUAUACCUUUGCUAAUGGACGAAAGUACGUCGGUAAGUUUAAAGAAGGGAAAUUCAAUGGAAACGGUGUGCAGUCAUGGCCCAACGGCGAUCGAUAUGAAGGAAUAUUUAAAGGUGGUGAGAAGACUGAAGAUGGUGUUUAUUUUUUUCUUGAUGGUAUGACAUACGUUGGCACAUUCAAAGGUGAUCUGUUCAAUGGGCAAGGUAUCAUGAUAUGGAACACAGGUGAUUGGUACAAUGGUACUUUUGUCAAUGGUGAAAGAAUGGGAAAUGGUACUUACACUUUCGCUGACGGAAGAAAGUAUGUUGGCGAGUUCAAUAAUGGUCAAUUUCAUGGAAAAGGUGUGCAGACAUGGCCAAAUGGUGAUCGCUUCGAAGGAAUAUUCCGGAAUGGUGAGAAAACUAAAGAUGGUGUGUACUAUCUUCCCUAUGGUAUAAAAUAUAUGGGUGAAUACAAAAAUGGCCGAUUCGAUGGACAAGGUGUACAGACAUGGCCAAGUGGUGGGCGAUAUGAAGGAAGCUUUGUUGAUGGUGAAAUAACGGGAAAUGGUACUUACACUUUCGCUGACGGAGGAAAAUAUGUUGGCGAGUUCAAUAAUGGUCUAUUUCAUGGAAAAGGUGUGCAGACAUGGCCAGAUGGUAAUCGUUUCGAAGGAAUAUUCAAGAAUGAUGAGAAAACUAAAGAUGGUGUGUACUAUCUUCCCGAUGGUAGAAAAUAUGUGGGUGAAUACAAAAAUGGCCGAUUGGAGGGACAAGGUAUUAUGACAUGGACGAACGGUGAUCGUGGAGAAAAAUAUGUUGGUGAGUUUAAGAACGAUCAAAUUAACGGUAGAGGCGUACAGACAUGGCCAAAUGGUGAUCGGUAUGAAGGUGUAUUUAUAAAUGGUGAAAAAACAAAAAACGGCGUCUACUAUUUCCCUAAUGGAGCAGAGUACGUCGGCCCAUACAAUAAUAAUGGUCGAUUCGAUGGACAAGGUAUUAUGACAUGGACGAACGGUGAUCGGUAUGAAGUGGAGAAAAAUAUGUUGGUGAGUUUAAGAAUGGUCAAUUCCACGGAAAAGGUGUGCAGACAUGGCCAAGUGGUGAUCGCGCUUUUGGCAAUGGUGAUGCAAAGUUCGGUUCUUUUCGGAAUGGCAACUGGAACAGAUUUAAAACGUUUCAGUUUCCAAAUACAAACUUCUUUACAGGCCGUUGGCGAAACAACCAGGAACUAUUAUGAACUAAUGAAGAAGAGUUUCCUUCAUCUUCUUGCAAACAAAGCUCAUUUGUUCGCGCAUUGUAAACUCUGUAGAACCCCAAGUUCUAUUAGCAGUUUCUUCUCAACCUCUGCACCAUUACAAACAUCUUCUUCCUCUUCCAAUGAUAGAUCAAUUCUAGAUAAAAUUGCCGAUGAACUCCGUCAUGCAAAGCAUGUUUUAGCUAUUACGGGUGCAGGCAUUUCGGCCGAUUCUGGAUUGCCGACGUACCGUGGCAUCGGUGGAUUGUACAGCGAUGGAAAAGAAACCGACGAUGGUAUGGCCAUAGAAGAUGCAUUAUCUGGCCCAACAAUGCGACGUAGACCAGACAUUUGUUGGAAAUACAUUCAUCAAAUUGAAUUAGCUUGUCGUGCGGCGAAGCCGAAUGCUGCGCAUGAAACACUUGUUGCUUUCGAGUCUAAAUUUCCACAUUUUGCUGUACUGACACAGAAUAUCGAUGGUUUACAUCGAGUUGCCGGUUCAAAGAAUCUCAUUGAAAUUCACGGCAACAUUCAACAAUUAUUUUGCACAUCAUGCGGCCAUGAUAUCUAUGUAAACAGUUUCGAAGGCAUGAAAAUCCCACCCAAGUGUCAACGUUGUGGUUCACUCGUGCGACCACGUGUUGUCCUCUUCGGUGAAAUGCUGCCCAUACGAGCAAUCACGCAACUUCAUGAGUUUAUGAGCAAAGGUUUAGACGCUGUUAUUAGCAUAGGCACGACAAGUGUCUUUCCAUAUAUCGCCAAACCAGUAGUGGACGCCGCUCGAAACAAUGCAGUUACAAUUGAAAUUAAUCCCGGUGAAACAGAAGUGUCUGAUGUUGUACGAUAUCGUCUUCGCGAACGAGCUGCGAUUGUUUUACCUGAAUUACUCAAACGUCUUUCGUAA